AUGGAACAAGUCACUUCCCAAGACUCCUCAGCACCAAGGUCUCUAGCAUCAAUACUUCUUCCCACACUAGCAGGACUCUCCGUAGUGCUGUGUCUUCCUCCUCUCGUCACGCAUCUGGAAUCACGUAAUGUGGCUGCUGCCGUUCUUGUCUUCUGGAUCACGUUGGUCAAUCUUUUCAACUUUAUCAAUCCGUUGAUAUGGCCUACAGACGAGCUCGACACCCGGUGGAGUGGCGCAGGCCUCUGCGAUGUUGAAGUCAAGCUAAAUCUUGCCUCUAGCAACGCUAUUCCGGGAGCUUUGAUCUGCAUCUUUCGACAACUCGCUGUGAUAUUGGACAUUGACAACACAACACUCGUUCCAAGUCGUGGUCAACGUCGUCGACGUCUCGCCUUCGAGGUGAUUUUCUGCAUCAUACUCCCGAUGUACAUGGUGGUCGCGCACUUCAUUGUGCAGCCAUUUCGCUACUAUCUUUUUGCUAUUAGUGGAUGUGUGCCAUCCUUCAACAGCAGCUGGCUGGGCAUCCUCUUAAUGUUCAUACCACCUCUACUACUCUGUGCUGUUGCGGCCGGCUAUUGUGGUUUGGUUGUCGUUCGGCUGCUGAAAUAUCGUCAACAAUUUUCUACCAUCCUAGCUUCCUCGCACUCCAAGCUGAACAAGACUAGGUUCUUGAGGCUCUUCAUACUCUCUACGACACUCAUUGUGAUUUUUUUGCCAGUUGCAAUCUACGUCUUCACACGAAAUCUUGGCUACCCAAGAACGACAUUUUCAUGGUCAAGUGUCCAUGGUCCAGAAUGGUCAAAACUUGUCGUCCGGGUUCCCACUCAAGGCGCUGUGAAUUUCGACCGCUGGCUUAAUGUUGGCAUAGGAUACAUGACAUUUCUGUUCUUUGGAUUCGGGAGUGAUGCCACAACAAUGUAUCGGUCCUGGUUGUUGAAGCUCGGGUUGGGUCGUCUCUUCCCGAAGCUCGACCUCGGACACUUGAAUUCGAGCAAUCCCGGAAGAUCGGCGAGGACAUCAAGUGCCACCAAGAUUGGUUCUAUCAGUAGUCGUGUCAAACUCAUCUUCCAUCGAAAGCAAUCGACCAAGACCAUUUCUACCCUACAUACCCGCACAGAUUCAGCGGUGACGUGCGUGGCUCAUCCUUCUCAUGUUGAUACAUCGCAGUCAAAUGAACAAAUAGUGGAUGGCCGUCUUAGACUUGAAUAA